GCUGCUAACAAGGACGCCAAUGGCCGAAAAAUCGAUGGCUACCGCAUCCUUACUGAUGUCGAGAGGGGGAGGACUCGAGCUGACUGGAGGCCACGACGCCUAGGUAAGGGUCUCGGACGAAAGCGAGAUGGUCCCUCCGAUCGAGAUCGUAGGCGUGACCGGGAUGAGAAAAAAGAAGACCGCGAACGAGACCGUCAUCGCGAGCGCGACAGAGAUCGGGAUCGAGACAAAGAGCGACGCCGCAAGAGCCGAAGUCGUAGCAAAGAUAGAGAGCGCAAAAAACGAAGUAGUAAGUGCAAAUUUAUGCUUUUGUUGGCGCCAGGGAUUUCGUUCAUUUAG